CAUUGUACAGAGUUAGAAGCAACUUAGUUAGUCCAGAUGUGACAUUUAAUAUAAGUAGCGUAACUCUGGGGUAGCUGCACAGCUCAGGUGGGAAAACAGAAGUAAAACAUGUGGGGGAAAAGAAAGCUGACACUUUCAAAGGAGGUCAGAUGAGACCAAAAGAGAUAUUUCUGGCUUUUCUACAAAACUGUAGAGAAAACUGUGCAAAGUCCAUUGAACAUACAUUCCUUUUGGUGAAACAUGGUAGUGGCGGCAUCAUGCUGUGGGCAACUUGUCUUGACUGAAGAAGAUGGCUGCACUGAACAUGUCUCUCUGACGUUCCAUAGGGUGGCAUUUUUCCUGUUAUCAUUAUUAUUUACUUAAUUUAUAUUUACGUCAUAUAUAAAUGACUUGUGUAUACACAUAGUUGAUUUAAUAUUUUAUAAUAUAUGGUUGAUCAACCAUACAUUAUUUCCUUCCACUUCUACAUUAUGUACUACUUACUUUGUGUUUUGUCGUCAUUAAAUGCAUUAAAGUUUGGGCUUAUGAUGUGAAGAAAAUGCUGCUGUGCGGCUGCCUGGUCUGUGUUCUGCGAUGCUCAGCAGUAUGACGGAGGAAUAAUUAAUAAGAUGAGGAUGAGGAUAUGAUGGUGGAGCCGGUCUGAGCCGCCCUGAUCUGCUCCAGUGCCCGGGGAUCUCAGCGCAGCGCCGCCCUCCGCUGCGCUGUAGCACCUGCAGCUGCUGGAGCGGUGCUCCGCCACUCUCAGGAAACUCGAAGUCGCAUCCACCCCGUUCCCGUCGGACACACACGCAUCUUUCCGCGGCAAGGUCACGGAGCCCGGCAGGCAGCGCGUGAACACACACGGACGUCUACGUUUCAUCUGAAAGUGAAGACUCAGAGAUGCCAGUCCCCACCUCAGGUACUGCUGCCGUGCCCCCACCGGAUGGUGGGUGGGGGUGGGCGGUGGUGCUGGGAUCCUUCAUCUCCAUCGGAUUCUCCUACGCCUUCCCCAAAGCCAUCACGGUCUUCUUCAAAGACAUCCAGAUCAUCUUCGAUGCGUCCUACAGCCAGGUGGCGUGGAUCUCCUCCAUCAUGCUAGCUGUCAUGUAUGCAGCAGGUCCCGUCAGCAGCAUACUGGUCAACACCUACGGCUGCAGACCCAUCGUCAUGAUGGGCGGCUGCCUUUGUUCCCUGGGCAUGAUCUCAGCGUCCUUCUGCACCAACGUGAUGCAGCUUUACUUCUGCAUCGGUGUCAUCGGAGGACUUGGACUGGCCUUCAACCUGCAGCCAGCGUUGACGAUGAUAGGCAAAUAUUUCUUUAAGAAGCGCCCUAUUGCUAAUGGGUUAGCGAUGGCAGGCAGCCCUGUCUUCCUCAGCACUCUGGCGCCUCUCAACCAGUACCUCUUUAACCAGUUUGGAUGGAGAGGCAGCUUCCUCAUCCUGGGCGGGCUGCUGUUGAACUGCUGCGUGGCCGGCUCCCUCAUGAGGCCACUCGGACCGCCGCCCGGCAAGGUCAAGAAGGACGAGGCGCUGGCCGCCGUCACCACUACGACUGAAAAGCGCAGCCUCUGGCAAAUAGUCAACAAGUACCUGGACCUGACGCUGUUCAAGCACCGGGGCUUCCUCAUCUACCUGUCAGGCAACGUCAUAAUGUUCCUGGGUUUCUUUGCACCCAUUGUCUUCCUCGCCGCCUAUGCCAAAGACAUGGGUGUGGAUGAAUACUCUGCUGCCUUCCUGCUCUCAAUCUUGGCUUUCGUGGACAUGUUUGCCAGACCCUCCAUGGGGCUGCUGGCCAACUCACGAUGGGUUCGCCCCAAGAUCCAGUAUUUUUUCAGUUUCGCUGUGCUGUACAAUGGGGUGUGCCAUAUCCUUUGCCCACUAGUGGAAAACUACACUGGCCUGGUGGUGUAUGCAGUAUUCUUUGGCUUUGCUUUUGGCAUGGUAAGCUCAGUGCUGUUUGAGACAUUGAUGGACCUGGUUGGAGCUCCGAGGUUCUCCAGCGCUGUGGGACUCACAACAAUUAUAGAGUGCUGCCCUGUUCUCAUUGGUCCACCAUUAGCAGGGAAACUUGUUGACGUCACCAAAAAUUACAAGUACAUGUAUUUCUGUUGUGGUGGUGUUGUCAUCCUGGCGAGUAUUUGGCUUUUCAUUGGAAACUUCAUUAACUACAGACUCUUGGAGCGUGAGCGCAAGCAGGGGGAGAUGUACAAACAAACUGAGACGGAAGAUCCCGACCGAGUUCGGGAUGAGAAGGAGGCUUACGGUGCGGCCCAGGCCACCGAAGACCUGACUGACCAAAACCAAAAAGAAGUAGAGCCCAUGCAAAGAGAGACUAAUAUUUAAAACCGUUAUGCACUGCCAAAUCUUGACCUUUCACCCCAGCUGCAGCCGUGCAACACCUUCAAGUAUAAAUCAACCGAGCUCCAAGCCAAGAGUUGCCUCUCACUGUACAACCACACUCUGGUUGGGGCGCUCCUCAGUACUUCUCUGAAAAUAACUGCCAAAGCAACCGUUGUGUUGUAGGGAAGGUGAGGUACAGUAUCUGUUUAUAACAGCGCGCUAGCUGUGACUACAACUGUAAUAAUAAGGCGGUAAACAUAAGGAACUUACAGACAAAACUUCCUAUCUUUUCCCUGACACUCUCAUUCUAGAUAAGCACGAUCUCUCUGGGACACUGCAGAUAUGCUGCUGAUUUUAAUGUACGUAAGGUACAUCCACUGGAGUGUUUUCUUAUUCAUGAAAUAAACAAAUUACUUUGAUUCACUUUGACUGAAUUGAAACUACACCAGGUUCAAACAUCCAAAAGCUGCAUCAGUCUGUUAUUCUGGGUUCACCUGGUUUCCAAUAUGAAGAAAAUAUGAGCGAGAUGCAUUCCCCAGUUUAAAGACCCUUCAGAAAUUCCAUUAGUGUUCUAAUUAAAUAAAUCAAACAUAGAUCCAGUUGUGAAAAAAUACAUUGGGUGCAUUCACAUCAGCCUUUUGUAGUUUGCUUUAAUCAAAGUCUACUUUGUCUAGAAAGUCCGGUUCGUUAGGUGAGGUGUGACUGCAUAAAGUUCAAAACGUUGAACUCGGGGUCUCGUGUGUCAGUGAUGAUUUCUCAAUCAGUAAUUUCUGUGAAAACAAAUUUCACAACACAUAACAGCUUCACCUAGCAUCAAACCAUUUGAUGGUACUGGUGGUACACAACUCCUUUAUCCAUGAAGAUGCCAAAAGCCUCUGCACUGAAAGCGACCUUCUACAAAAAAACGUACAAAAUACACAACGAGGAAGUAACUUACUGUAGUUUCCUGUAUCAUUGCUGCAAAAGUGAACAUGUUGUGUUGGCAACGCAACCAACAUAGGCCACGUCACAUGACAAAUAUCAGGACACGUAUAUGCAUCUUAGACUCCAAGUCAUGAAAACAGACACUUCUGAGUUGACUUAAAUUUGCAUCUUGAAACGUCAAUACUUGACUUAGACUCUAGAUCUUGGACUCUUUGUUUCAUGUAAUAAUGCAUGAAAAUAAGCUGUUUAAAUGUAAUGUUUGAUUUGUGCUUGACACAUCCUAGAGGUCCGCAAGGCGCAGGGCGUUCAAAUUGUGUCAUUUCAAUAGCCACGCCCCCUCUACGUAUUGUCAGUGCAGACAAAAGUUUCGACACCAGCCACCCCGGAAACUUAGUAACCACGGAGAGUUCCACGAAAAACAUGGUGGACAAGAAAGAGCGCCUCCUGGUGGCGGUUCAAAAAGACAGACAUCUUAAUGAUUCGAACCAUAAUGACAAUAAUACCAUGGUGUCGCCAAGGUGCUAAUAACAACAGUGUUUUUAAUAGGUGCCCUACACUGCCUCCUACAGUCUGGGAGAAUAUUGGCAACAGUCGUGAUGAGAAUAACCAAGAAUAAAUACUGCAGAAAUUGGAGCAGUCUGAUUCCACCUGGAAAUCAUUUGAGUUAAUGAUUUACUCUGUGGUUUACGAUUGUGUAUUAAAAAUUGUUUGUCAUAUUAACAUCACAAAAUGAAGAUCUGAAGGAACAUUAAUAUCGCAGCAUACUUACGUUUUUGUUUUGUGCUGGAAACAGAAGCGACACAUUUUUUAACGUUUUCUUCGCCUUCUGUCUUCACCAUGAGAAAGGCACUUUUUUUGCCAAAAAAAGUGGGUGGAAAAAACGACAAAGCAAAAAAUGGCAAUUGCUGUCAGAGACAAAAUUAGCUAAAGUAGUUUUCUCCUUUUUUUUGUAUUUUGAUGGGGUAAAUGUUGACAGUGUUGCCACCUACUGGCCUGGCAUGGGUAUUUCACAAUUUGUCUAGGAAUACUGCUUUGGAUACGGAUUUGUUUUUCUUCAACCAAUAUAAAAAGGGUUCAACAGAAUAAAACUUACUCCGACUGGGUCCCCCAGUUACUAUAAUCGACUUUUAUAAAACCCGAACAGAUGUGGUCACAGCUGGUGAUGCUGGUAUCCAUAUAUUACUCUGUCCUCCUGAGCACUGUAAAGCUGUGUUGUAAAACCUGUGCAAACCUUUGAUCAAGUCAUAAAAAAUGCUGCAUUAACCAUCUUGGGUACAACAGUCCCACUCUCAUAUCAAGUAUGCUGCACUAAAUGUCAAAUUGCCACACUUCAACCCCUGACAUUGUUUUAAAAUUGCUGCAAUUCACUGAAUUUAAUUACGGUUGAAUGUAAUUUCCUCUGUGGGCCUUAAUAAGGUAUUAAUGACCAAAACCCCGUCUGCAAAUUGGGGGCCGUCUACAGGCAGAGCCCAUGAGCAAUACACUCUCUCUCAUAUUAAUGCAAAUUUACAGGGAAAUGUGUUUCUAGUGGCAGUCCAGUCUGUGAUGCAUUGCCUUAAAUUUAAAUGCAGUGUAACGAUUGCAGGGUUGUCGUACCGUUAAUAGUGGACAGAACAAUAUGAAGAUGACAAACUUUGUGUUAAAUGUGAGACAUUUUAUUCCUGCUGCGAUAAAGAGAGAAACUCACAUCUGUUCCAUUUGUCUCCUAACAUAUCUGCGUUGGAAUGUGAAAGCUUUAAGUGAUUGUGUUCUGUGUCUCGUUGUUUCAGUAACUGACUAACCAUUUCCAUUCCUGAAUGUUAAAUGUGUUGCAGACUUCUUCUACUAACUGGGAAUUGUAAUCCAGCCAUGUGUAGUGUAUGGUGUGCACAUACAGACAUGCAGCAUGCUUUCCUUUGCUUUUCAGUGACAAUCGUGGAAAUGCAUCUCACUGCCCAGGGUGCCAUUCUGCCGAGGGGCAGCACAAGAAAAGCACUAGCUGCGUUUCCAUUACAAAUGUGCGCAAAAUGUUGUCAGUAUUCUGCUAAUGUCGAAAAGACACAAUUUUGGAAUUGCGGUGUUUCUAUUAAAUAAGAAACACAAUUAAAAUCACACGAAUAAGUCUGUUUAUACAAUAAGUAAUCAAAAACAUGCCAUGAACUACUUCCUGUUGCCUUCUUCUUCAUAGUUUGCACCAGUGGUAACAUCCAGUUGAUGAUCAUGUGACUUGUGUCAUGUAAACAAAGUGUUUCCAUCGCAGUUUUGCAAAAUGAACCAGUUUCAAUACUUCCAAAAGAAAAAUCACCUCAACUUUGUAUUGAGAAACUAGAGUUUUUUCAUAAUUGGUGUGUUUCCAUUAAGCAAAUUUAUUUUCAAAAAGUCAAAUUGCACAAUUAUAUGGUCAUUGUAAACGCAGCUAGUGUCAGUUGUGCCCACAUGUUUCCCAUUCCUUAACUGCAUGUUCAAUUUUGUAUUGAUCACUGAAUAACCACUGUAAGUAUGACAAUAGGCCACAGGUGGCUAAUAAUUCCAGCUAUAAUUCAGAUUUGAAACCAACCUGAAGGGCUGUUUUGGUGUUGCUAAGUAUUGGAUCCUCUCUAGGUCAAAGUUUUAACUCACCAAACCUGAACUGGAUUGUUUUACCCUAAAUAUAGAAAACAUUACUUUUGUGAAUUCUCAGACUGUGGGCUGUGGGUUGGGUCAGGAUUUCAGGGUCCGCCCAGGACACCAGUCAUGCAAGAACCACCAAAGAUGUUACAUGCAGAAAAAAACAACAUCCAAACACAUUUUGAUUUCAAAAUGAAUUUGAUCUUUGAAAGCAAUCAUAAACAAAAGGGGAGAGGGGGCGGACGCCUUUGUCUUGGUUUUUCCCUUGUACCGCGAAUCAUGAAAAUACAUGUCCAUCUGUGUUGCACACCUUAAACCACAUUCUGUUAUUAUCCAGGAGUCGAGAUGACGCUCAGCGUAAUGAGCUGACCUGACCAGAUGAAUCUGCCGCUGAAGGCAGAGUGAUCGCUACUGAUCUCAGAACAAGGCCUGUCCUGCUCAUGGUUUCAGCCACUGUGUUGUUGUUUUUUUUAAGAUUAUAACUUGGUUUCAACAGAAUGGAAAAAAUGGAAUAUUGUUGAGUUUGUUUGUUUUACUGAUUCAGUUGAAAAAGUGAAACUCAUACGUUGAUCUUUUACACACAGACUGAUACAUUUCAAGUGUUAGUUAAUCGUUUUAAACAUCACGGUUAACGGUUAUUAAAAACCCCAAAUUCUAAUUCUCAGAAUAUCUGAAUGUUACUCAAGACAAUUCAAGCAUGUCAUUUGAAAGUUGAGUGGAUGGAAAAACUCUGGUAGAAAAAGCUGAACCUUCUAAGAGGGAGAUGAUUAGAUGUAAAAAUGCAGAUGAGUUGAAAAGUGCUAUGAUAAAUGACUUGAGCUUCACAGCCUCUCAAAGUUAAUUAUCUUGAUUUUCCAUCCACUUAACUUUCUGUGUUUCUUGGCUAACACUUGAACAGCCUUCGUUGCCUUCUACAGCAAUAGCCUUUUGUGGAAGAUGUUUGCUGGUAAAAUGCGUUAGUCAGCACUCUGACCCAUGAUUGUGUUGGCUGUAACUUGUCCAUAACGUUUCUGUUUUUAUUAUAUUUAAUAUUAUAGUUGGUUUGGUUUAUUUUUUAAAAGUCAUAACCAGUAAAAUAACCAUUAAUAAUCACUUACGUAUCACUCUGUGUGCAAUCAGUCUAUAAAAUAUGAGUUUCAGUUUUUGAGUUGGAAUUCCUGAAAUAAAUAAACGUUUCUGUGAGAUUGGAACUUAUUGAAAUGUUCUACCUUCCUCUCCUGCGCUCACUGAGUAGAACUGACUGUACAAUCAAGUCUACCAAAUAACGCCGCCCCCUGCUGGCGGCAGACCGCUCAAACCGGAUUUUAAAUCAGUUUUCUUUCUACUGUCCAGGGUUUUAUUUCAUAAACUGAUCCACGAUUUCUACAUGUUCUUGUACAAAUACAACAGAAUGUUUAUCUUUUGAAAUAGAACGAAGGAAUAUAUAAAUGAAUUAAAUUUAGCAUUCAGCUUUGUAAUAGUGGCAGAGAAUGAGCACUGAAGCACUUCUGAUCAGAAGAAAUCUGAAUUACUUGAAAUAUUAAGUGUGAAUUGUGAAAGCCCAACUGUUGCUGUAUAUAAUAAAUCUAUAUGCUAUUAACCUCAAAAGACUUUUUAAUGUGCAGCGCAUUUAAUUUGAUCUGUAAAGCCCAAUAGAAAGUCAUGGAAAUGGAAUGUUAUUUAUUAAAUCAUAUAUAAAGAAAUAAAAAUGUGAUGUGCACCAA